AUGGCUAGUUCCAAUGACUACAGCGUUCGCAAACAUGCCUAUGAAGCACUAGAGAGUUCGCGACACAUCAGGCUCAUCAUACUACACCCAGCCUCGUCUACAGAUGUACCUCUAAAACUCACUUUCAAACAAGCUAGACUGUCGGAACUGCAAGGUCGCUACGAAGCCAUAUCAUACACAUGGGGCCAGCCAACCCUGGCAUAUCCUCUUCACGUGAGCGAUGGCACACACGUACUAGUCACAGAGAAUCUCGAUCGCGCAUUGCGAUAUCUGCGCCGUAGUCACAAAGACCGGGCCCUGUGGGCGGACGCUGCAUGUAUCAACCAAGCCGACGAUGUGGAGAAAGGAACACAGAUUGCGCUCAUGGUGAACAUUUUCCGGGGCGCCGGGACAGUUCUGGCCUGGCUCGACCCAGGUUCUGCCGUCUAUCGGUGGCCGAACCUAGAGUCAACCUUGGAAAAGAUGGAUAACGUGUCUCGUACAACCUGGGAAAAUCUUCGUUCUGGUUGUCGUGUGGAAACGGAAGGGGAUGGAGGAGUUCACAAUGCCCCGCUUUCGAAACAUUCCCGGGAAGUAGUUGGGCUCCUUAGUCUGCCUUGGUUCAAUAGGCUUUGGAUCGUACAGGAGGUUGUUUUUAACCAGGAAGUCCGUCUGAUUUACGGAGGUGUCGAGCUUUCCUGGGCUCGAUUCGUGGCUGCCAUGUCGAUCCUCUCGACCUUGGACAGCAAGAGGCAACCUAGUGCUGAUUUGAGUUUCCGGAGCGCCGCCAUGAAGAUAAUACAGCUGUGGAGGCAUCAUUCGCUAUUUGCAGAAUUGCAAGAAGAGCACGGGAAGCCCCGAGUCAACUCAUCAACCCACCAUACCGAUAUCGCCAGGCUGGUGGACGACUUUGCUUUACAUAGUUGUACCGAUCCUCGUGAUCGAAUUUUCGCCCUAUAUAGCAUGGCAUCCAACCUACGCCCAUGCACUGCGGCUUCGAGUGAUCACGACGUUCUCAUGAAUAUCGACUAUUCAUUGGAUCUUCGGCAAACAUAUGAAGCAUUUGCACUCGCUUGCAUCAGGGCUGGAAAGUUGACCAAGAUCAUAGAAGCUGUGCUCUCCCGUCAGCACUCCCCCAGGCCAGAUGGUUGGAUGUCAUGGGUGCCCGACUGGCGUGUGAAAUGGCCGAAGCCUGUUCACCUGCCACAACCAGUAAGAUUCCAUCGAUCUUUCAAACUUGGGGAAUCGCCUCCAGACGUCAUUUGUAUAAGAAUAUCUGUGUUUGGACAUUUUCUGGGCACGCAUGACACCGCCAAUCCUACCAUACUAGUGAAAGCUACUGGAGAGACGUUGUUCCAACAAAUUCUUGACUUUGAUAAAAAGUCCCGCGGGCCGGAUGGUGAACGAGGCUUUAGACGUCUGUUCGAUAUGCUAGAUUGUAGGCUAGACCCGGACGACGUCACUACGCUAGAACAAAGCUUGUUGUACAUGGCGAGCCAGACGGAGAACACCAGUUUGCAAUCUGGCCCAAGCUCAAACUCCAUGGAACUUAAUGAUAUUGUACUAGACGUAAAGAGGAUUAUCGGAGAGACCAACAGCCUUUUUUAUUUCGAAAUACCUGGCACCAGAAGGCGCUCGGUAGGUUAUGGCAAUGCGCAACUUGAGGCUGGAGAUCAACUCAUUCCGCUCAAUGCUCGAAUUGCUGAGGACGAACGCGUACAAGGAAUGCUCAAGAUGGUACUCAUACUCCGAAGUGCUGGUACGAUCAACACGCAACGCGGCCCGAAAACUAUAUACCGCCUCAUCGGCAGUGGCUAUGUCUACGAUAUACCCGACGAGUAUCUUGCUACUUCCUCAAAUGACAAAGCCUUUGGUGAUUGCUUCCGAGGAUUAUAUCUGGUUUGA